AUGGCCGUUCCCUUCGCGCUCGUUUUCUUCGUCGGAGUUGUCGUCGUCGCCGGAGCUUCCAGAGAGCUCCGGCCAUCGGAACACGGCCUCACCUUCCAGACACUGUCGCCGGCGGGGGCGCAUUCAUCGCCUGAGAUGCGCUCCUUCUUCAACAGCGCCAACGCCUCGCCGACCAUGUCAUCCUCCUCCGACGUCGCGCUACCGCGGGCCAUGGACUCCGGCGACGCCUCCCCUCCCGCGUGGUGGCAGCCAGCCGGAGGACACGGCGGAGACGGCGUGGGGAAGGCGCUGACGGUGGCGAGCCUGGUCUGCGGCGUGGCCGGCGCGGUUCUGCUAGUGGCUUCGGGCUUGAUCUAUAUGUUCAAGCACCGAAGCAAAAAGCAGAAGAAGCUGAACGCAGCGUGUUGCGGCGAGAAUGGGAAUGAUGGUGAAAACGACGUAGAGGAGAGCAACAAAUUGCAAUUGGUGGUACGUAAUCCUUGA